AUGUCUGCUGAUUCUCUAUUUCAAUCCGUCGAAAAGGACUUUUUACUCACAAGAGAACAACUCAAGCCUAUUGUUGAUGGUUUCAACUCUGAAUGCAAGAUUGGUUUGAAAACACCUUCCAAAGGUUUAGCUACCAUGAUUCCUUCCUUUGUCACAAAAAUGCCUCAAGGCAACGAAACCGGUACUUUCUUAUCAUUGGAUUUGGGAGGCACUAAUUUGCGUAUCGCUGCUGUUGAACUCAAGGGCAACGGCAAAACCGCUGUUCACGAACUCAAGCGUCGUCCUACUGUUGAAUUAAAGACAGGCGAAGGUUCAGUCUUCUUUGACUGGAUUGCUGAUGCUACCCAUGAACUCAUCACCUCUGAAGCUAAGCAUUUGUUCACUGAAGAUCAAGUCUCUGGUAAAGAAACUCUUGCUUUGGGCGUCUGUUGGAGUUUCCCUGUCGAUCAAACUGCAGUUGAUCGUGGUACCAUCCUUAGAAUGGGUAAGGGUUUCACCCUUAAGAAUGUUGAAGGUCAUGACCUUGCUGAUAUGUUCCAUGAAGCCUUUGCUCGUAAGAAUUUGAACGUCAAGGUGACUGCUAUUUUGAAUGAUACUGUCGGUACUUUAGUUGCUCAUGCUUAUACCAACCCUGCCUGCCGUAUUGGUCUCAUCUUCGCCACCGGUAUCAAUGCUGCUUACCCUGAAAAGCUUCCUCUUAUCACCAAGCUUGAUGAAAGCAUCCGUAGCAAAUACCCUGAAAAUACUGAAAUGUUGAUCAACACUGAAAUUGAUAUUUUCGGAAGUGAAGCUUAUUUGCCUUUGACCAAGUAUGAUCUUGCUUUGGAUGCCUCCCACAAUCAACCUAAAUUCCAAUUAUACGAAAAAAUGUUGUCCGGUGCUUAUAUGGGCGAACUAGUUCGUUUGAUUGCCAUGGACUUUAUCAAGGCCGGCGCUUUAUUCGAAGGUCAUGUUCCUGAAGGUUUCGGUAAACCUUGGUCUUUCCCUACAAUGUAUAUGAGUACCUUGGAAAGUGAUGAAACACCGGACCGUAAAGAAAGCCGUGAAGCUCUUAGCGCUUUCAAUUUUGUGAAUGCUCCCACCUUAAAUGACAUUGCCAUCUUGACCCGUAUCUGUCGUAUUGUUGCUGCUCGUUCUGCUUCUUUAGCUGCCGUCUCUAUCAUCUCUUUGGUCGAACAACAAAAGCUUCUCGAAAAUGAUCGUGAUGAUAUUGUCGUCGGUAUUAACGGUUCCACCUACCAUUUCUACCCUUAUAUGGACAGACGCGUCAGACGUGCUUUGGAUGAAUGGUAUGGCAAGGAAAUCAGCAGCAAGAUCACUUUGGAAAAUGCUACUGAAGGCGGUAGUGUAGGUGGUGCCUUGAUUGCUAUGUUGUGCAAGUAA